AUGAUAUUAAAACAACAUGGUAAUCAUGCAACAAGUUGCAAUCGAGAUCAAAUUAAAAUAUCAUUAAGAAAAUUUCAUGAAAAUGUAACACAUCGUGCAAAAAAUACUCAAGAAACAACAGAUAUUGUAUUAUCACAAUGCAUAUCAAAAUUAGCUGAUUCAGCAAGUAUACGAUUAUCAUCAUUAGAUCAUAUUAAAAGAACAAUUCAACAACAUCGAAAAAAGCUUGAUUUACCACAAAUACCAAAUGAUGUGGAUUUUCAUUCUGUUCCUGUAAUUGUUCCUGCAAUAUUUUAUCAGCUUCAUGUGUUCCAUGCUGUACAUCGUGAACAUAUUAUUCCUGUUGCAUUUUGUUUACUUCGACGAAAAAACACCACCACUUAUCAAGAAAUGAUUAAUAAAAUAUUAGAAUUUGCACCAGCAUGGAAUCCUCGAACUAUAAUGCUGGACUUUGAAAAAACUGUUUUAAACGUUCUUUCAAAUAAUUUUGCACAAGUUUCUUUAUCUGGUUGCUAUUUUCACCUGCGUCAGAGCAUUCAUCGACAAUUACAGACACAAGGUUUACACAAACAAUACGAAGAUGAUGUUGAUUUUGCCCAUGGCAUACAUAAAACUGCAGCAUUAGCUUUUAUUCUUCCAAAUGAUGUUAUUAAUGCAUUCGUAGAUCUGACCAUCCAUCCCGAUGAUACGUUUCAAACUGUGUUAGAUUAUUUUGCAGAUAAUUACAUUGGUCGUUUUCGGGUAAAUAGAUCACGUGCACAACCACUAUUUACUAUUGAAUAUUGGAAAGUCCAUGAACGAACUAAAAAUCAACAGAUGCGAAUUAAUAAUUCAGCGGAGGUCUAG